UCUUCUGCUUCUUCUUCUAAUUCAAAUUCUCUUGCUUCCAUAAUUUCCCCUCUGGUAGAUUUCUCUCUUCCUCGGUUUUCUUUUUCCCACGCGUUAACAUUUUCUCGGUUCAUUUUCAAGGGAGAGAUAGAAUAUUUUCCUUUUCGAUCUUGUUAAUUAAUUUUCUCGUGAAAGAAAAUGAAGGAAAGCGCAGGAAACCCUCUGCAUCUUAAGUCCGUUAACCACAUCUCCCUCAUCUGCAGAUCAGUGGAAGAAUCCAUAAACUUCUACCAGAACGUUCUUGGCUUCUUCCCUAUCAGGAGGCCCGGCUCUUUCGAUUUCGAUGGCGCCUGGCUAUUUGGGUACGGGAUCGGAAUUCAUUUGCUGCAAGCAGAAGACCCGGAGAACCUUCCCAAAAAGACAGAAAUUAAUCCAAAGGAUAAUCACAUAUCCUUCCAGUGUGAGAGCAUGGGAGGAGUGGAGAAGAGGCUGAGGGAGAUGGAGAUGGCGUACGUGAGGUCCAUGGUAGAGGAAGGUGGGGUUCAAGUGGAUCAGCUGUUUUUCCACGACCCAGAUGGGUUUAUGAUCGAGAUAUGUAACUGUGACAGUCUUCCCGUGGUCCCAUUGGCCGGUGAGGUUGCCAGAUCAUGCUCUCAUCUCAACCUCCAGAUGAUGCAGAUUCAACAAGUGGUCCAUCCCUAAUUAAGAACACACCAGUAUCAGAUUUGAAUCCCUCUCAGAUAUACAUCAAUAAGACUAUUCCACUUGAUUUAUUAGGGUUUAUCUUUGUCCUUCUUCUUUUUCUCGUAAUUAAUACUUGUUUGGAAGGAUAUUCAAAUCAAUGAAAUAAUUCCAUCAUCGCCCCAGGAAGAGGAACCUAGUACCUUCUUGUUCUUUAUCCUUUAAUGUGGUUUUGUUUAUUAUAGUUGAUUAGGUUGGUUUAAGUUGUAAAUAAUUGCAUGGUUAUCCCAAACUGUUACGUAAUUAUGAAAUGAUCAAUGAUAAAUUAGUAGUAUUAUUGUUUUGUACCA